GAAGUUUCGCCUACUGCAGUACGUUUAGAUGUCAGUGUGUGUAUGUGGACGUAUAUAUGUGUGUUUAGCAGAAAAAGAGGCGUGCUAAUUUAUUUAUGAGGAACCGUCUAAACUAAGUUAUUUUGCACUAAAUAAUAUUUAAGGCAGCUUUUCUAAAACCACAAGAAAACGACCGGCUCCAGGAUAUCUUCACCAUGGUUGCUACAAGCACAUUAAAGCCCAAAAGCAGCGAGUGUGUUGCAGAAGCGGCGGAAAGAAGAUCUGACCGGGGUUGUGUUAACACAGAGUUGGACUUCUGGGAUCACAGCUCAGAUGAGCCCCAGAGGACAGCAGAUGCCACUGAGGACAGAACCUGUCAGCAGCUGGCAAAGAUGUUUGAGAACUGCCUUUCGCGGGCCAAGAAGACAAAGCUACACUGCUCCUCUGUGCUGGUACCAGAGAAACUAACGCGGAGGAUAGCCCGCGAAGUCCUGCGGCUGGCAUCCUGCGAGCCCUGCGGCCUGCGCGGCUCUGUGCUCUACGUCCACCUGGAGCUGGACAAUGGCUGCAAGCAGCUCGAACGCAUCGUGUACGAUGCCACCGUGGUGCCCACGUUUGAGCUGACGCUUGUUUUCAAGCAGGACGGCACCGCCUGGCCCAGCCUGCGGGACUUCUUUUUCAUGGGAACCUGCUUUGCCCCGAAAUUUAGGCACGCACUUAAACUCAGUCCAGGUUUCCGUCUCGUUAAGAAAAAACUGUACUCCUCCUCGGCUGGCACCGUGGUUGAGGAGUGCUGAACUUUUGUGGGGAUUAGAUUUAAAUAUCGGGUUUCCCGUGGGGGGGAAAUGCACUUCUGCCCAAAUGUAAAUGACACUCCGGUGGUGUCAUAUUUUCUCAGUGUUUUUGUACAGCGCAGUGUUAACUGUUCGCCAGUCAGCUUUGGAUGUAAAGUCAGAAGCUUAUGCAUCAAAGAGCCUGAUUUGUUCUGGUUUUGGCGUCAUUGUUCAAGUCGUCUUUUCUUCUUCUUUUUUUUUUUUUUUUUUUAAAGUAGUAAAAUUGUAAUAUUCUGGGUGUUUGUUUUUUCUAAAGAGAGUUGCUCAAGCACCACUUAAAAUUGUACUUUUUGCAGAUGAAUGUAAAGCUAUCCUAAAGUUUGAGAGGGACAUACUGUUGGGUACACUGUUGUUAAAGACACUAGCCACUUUGUUGAGGCAUCUGUGUUUCCAGAUACGUUGAACACUCAGCCACAGUGAACACACCGAGGAUCUAACGGGAGUCUGAUAUUUAAGUCUUUUGGGGGCCAUAUUCUGGUUGUGUGACACUAAGGUUGUGAUUGUUCUAAGACUGUCUUGUGUAGAUGCUGCUGUCAUAGUGUGGGGUUCUCACACUAUACGGGAAGUAUGUGGAUGCCUUAAAUCUCAUGUACAUUUUUUUUUUUUUUUUUUCUCUGAUCACAGCCAUGUCUCUUUGUAAAUGUGUUAUUGCAUUUUUAUUUUUAUAUCCCCACCCUCCACUGACCUGAUGCACCUUUUCAAUGCAGAGCCUUUAUAUAUUAUUAAAGGAUGGUUCGCCCAAAUGUAUUUGUUUUAAUAAAUUGUGAAGAAAUU